CAGCACAGUACUGAUGCGAGACCUCGUGCUGAUCCCUGCGUCAGCGGCCAAGCGGCACCGCCUUGAGCCGUUCAAGUCGAAGAGCUGCGCCAACGAGAUCGUAGACCAGGAAGUCGAGUUGCUCGGAUGUGGGUACUUUCACACGCGUAUGGCCAUAAUCCUUGGGCUUGGGAACUCUGCCGACGCCGUGGAAAUCCUGUCCAUGGGGUACAUUCUCGGGUCAUUCUCGGAGCCGAUCCCGGCAUGGGAGUCGAGCCUCGUGACGUCGGCCGUGUUCCUCGGCAUGCUCUUCGGAGGCAUCAUCGGCACCGUGAUGGGCGACAAGUAUGGCCGCCGCGUCCUCAUGAUCGUGUGCCUGGCCGUGAAUGGCGUGUCCGGACUGUGCGCCGCCGCGAGCCCGACGCUCGUGUGGAUGAGUUUCUUCCGCUUCGUGGCCGGAGUGGGCAUCGGAGGGAUCGCGCCCAUGCUGUUCGCAGUGUGCUUGGAGCACGUGCCGGCGUCUGCCCGGGGCAAGUACAUUACGAUCAUCUCUGCGUUUUGGAUGUUGGGAUCGAUUUUCACGGCCGUGUUGGCGUGGGUGAUGCUGGGCUGCUAUUGGGGCACGGAUAUCCGCAUCAUGAAUGUGUCGUGGCGAGUGUUUAGCCUAGCAGCGUCGCUACCAGCAUUUAUUUCGUGCGCGCUCAUCUAUUUGUAUGUCCCUGAGAGCCCUCGUUUCCUCGUCGCAAAGGGCAAAUACCAGCAAGCUUCCGACACCCUCACCUUGAUCUACGCAAUCAACGGCCGGUCCCGGCUGCCCGAUUUCAGCGGCGGUGACGAUCACCAAGUUCCAAGCCGUCCCAGCGAAUCGCUGCAAUGGACCGAUCGAUUUCUGCUCAUGUUCGACUCGUCUGCAUCCGUUGUAAACUUAAAGUUUACGACGCUCGUGCUGCUCUCGGCUACGUUUUGCCUCAGCUUUGGAUCGUAUGGGAUUUCAACCUGGGUCACGCGGGUAUUUCAAUCGACAAACGUCCACAACCCAUAUGCCAACGACAUUUUGUACGCGGCCGCAGCUUUGCCGGGCAACGUCAUUGGACUGUACUUGGUGGACUCGUGGGGUCGCAAGCGUUUGUUUGCAUGGACGUUGUUCCUGGCGGCAUUGUGUGGACUCCUCUUUGCCGGGAACGCAGGGGACAACUCGACGUUUACUGUGGGCAUUUGCUGCUUGUUUCAGUGCGCGACGACCAUGGCGUGGAUUGGCUACGACGUGCUGUCGGCCGAAGUGUACCCGCUGCAUAUUCGCGUGUCGGCGCUGUGCUUUUUGAGCUCCAUGGGGCGGUUUGGGGCGACGUUGGCGCAGAUCGUGAAUGGAUUUCUCAUGGGUCCCCCCGUCCACAUCCAAGCGCUUUUGGUCAUCACGACUGUGGUCAUGGCCAUCGGGGGGGGGUCUGUCAUGCUGCUGGAUGACAACGUGGACGUCCAAGGCGGACUUCAACCCAACCAACCAACCACAGAGUCGCAUCGGCUGCUGGCGUAGUAGUUUGUACGUAGGGAUUGAUUGGACAGGUCGAAGACUAGUACAACGAUGCUAGUGUACUACUACUAGUACUACUAUACUACUAGUACUACUACGUUGAUACAAAAAGCAUCGGGUUGGUU